GCUAGUUUCGCAAUGGCCGCGACAAGAGACCCAGGAAUCAUACCAAGAAACAAUAAUAAUCCGGCUGAACUUUCACUUUCAUCAGUAGAAGAUGGAACCACAGGUUCUGCCACAAGGGCUCCUCCGAGUCGGUUCCUCGUCGUCAACGGCGUCGAGAUGCAGCUCAAGUUCUGCCGGACCUGCAAGAUCCACCGCCCUCCCAGAAGCCACCACUGCGCCGUCUGCGACAACUGCGUCGACAAGUUCGAUCAACACUGCCCCUGGAUAAGCCAGUGCGUAGGGCUGAGAAACUACAGGUUCUACUUGCUAUUGAUGUGCUCGGCGUUAGCGUUCUACGCGUUCAUACUCACGUUCUCGGUGACAAGAAUCAGUGUCAAGUUGGACGCUGCCGCUGAAGUCUUCAGUUAUUUGGUCACGGCUUUGCCUGAAACGUUUGCUCUUGCAGCACUCAGCUUCAUGGCUGUGUGUGUCCUGGCAUGCCUUCUGGCCUCCCAUGCCUUCCUCGUAGCCAAGAACGAGACUAGCCAUGAGAGGUACAAAGGGCGGUACCGUAGCUCGCCCAAUCCCUACGACAAGGGUGUUGUUGGGAACAUCAAGGAGUGCCUCUUUGACAAGCUCCCGCCUCCAAGAGUCGAUUUCAGAGCCGCCGCCGCCGCCGAGGCCGAGCUAUACUUUGGUUCAUCGGUUCAGCCAUAUCAGCCGGCGCCGGUGGCGACAACGACGACGGCGAGCUAAACUUUGGUCCCUCAAGGUGACGCCGGUAGGCUCGCAGUGCAGGAACAGUGUGCUAGGGGCUCAUGACGUGGACUAUUUUAUAUUACAGAGCUGAGGAAAAGUACUAGCAGUAGAAAGAGACUGCACUUGUGCCUGGUUUCAUGGUUUGAAAGGCUUGGACGAACCAAUGCAGGGAUCUUUUUAUGGUAUUGUAAAAGGACUGA